GGCGGCAGCUCCAGGAGGUCCGGCCGUGAGCGUGACCUCACUGGGAGGGGCCAGCGCGGCGGCCUGGGCGCCGAGCCGAGCGCAGAGAGCGCAGCGCCGGAGCGGAGCUGGGACAGCGCAAGCCGUGGACCCGAUGGAGCGGUACAAAGCCCUGGAGCAGCUCCUGGCAGAGCUGGACCUCUUCCUCAAGAUUCUGGACCAGGAGAACCUGAGCAGCACCGCCGUGGUGAAGAAGAGCGGCCUGGCAGAGCUCCUCCGGCUUUACACCAAGAGCAGCAGUUCUGAUGAGGAGUACAUUUACAUGAACAAAGUGACGGUCAACAGGCAGAUUGCUGAGUCUCAGGACAAAGUGCCUGAGGAGCAGGGCCCGCUGAGCAAUGGGGGACCUGGCCAGCACACCUUGGCCCCUCAGAAGAGCCUUCCAGACCUCCCGCCACCCAAGACAAUUCCAGAACGGAAACAGCCUGCCGUCCCCAAGAUCGAGUCUCCAGAGGGUUACUAUGAAGAGGCCGAGCCAUACGACACGUCUGUCAACGGCCAUUCUUGCAGAUCUCUCCCUCCUGGAGUCCCCAGAUGGGUGCAGGUGCCUGAAGGAGUCAUUUACGCCACGAUCACCUUGGAGGACGGCGAGGCCGUGAGCAGCUCCUACGAGUCCUACGAUGAAGAGGAGACCAAGGGCAAGGCCGCACUCUACCAGUGGCCCUCCCCAGAGGCCAGCAUCGAGCUGAUGCGGGACGCCCGCAUCUGCGCCUUCCUGUGGCGCAAGAAGUGGCUGGGCCAGUGGGCCAAGCAGCUCUGCGUGAUAAGGGACACCAGGCUCCUGUGCUACAAAUCCUCCAAGGACCACAGCCCUCAGCUAGACGUGAACUUGCUGGGCAGCAGCGUCAUUCACAAGGAGAAGCAAGUGCGGAAGAAGGAGCACAAGCUGAAGAUCAUGCCCAUGAACGCCGAUGUGAUUGUGCUGGGCCUGCAGAGCAAGGACCAGGCCGAGCAGUGGCUCCGGGUCAUCCAGGAGGUGAGCGGCCUGCCUUCCGAAGGAGCCUCCGAGGGAAACCAGUACAUCCCAGAUGCCCAGCGCCUGUGCUGUCAGCGGCCAGAUAUAGCUGAAAAGUACCUGUCUGCUCCAGAAUACGGAAGCUCCACAGACAGCCACCCUGAGGUCCCAGAGACCAAAGACGUCAAAAAGAAAUCUUCUGCUGGCCUCAAACUGAGCAACCUAAUGAACCUGGGCAGGAAGAAAUCCACCUCGCUGGAGCCCCCAGAGAGGUCCCUGGAGACAUCUAGUUACCUGAAUGUUCUGGUGAACAGCCAGUGGAAGUCACGCUGGUGCUCUGUCAGGGACAGCCACCUGCACUUCUACCAGGACCGGAACCGCAGCAAGGUGGCCCAGCAGCCCCUCAGCCUGGUGGGCUGUGAGGUGGUCCCAGAUCCCAGCCCCGACCAUCUCUACUCCUUCCGCAUCCUCCACGGAGGGGAGGAGCUGGCCAAGCUCGAGGCCAAGUCUUCUGAGGAGAUGGGCCACUGGCUAGGCCUCCUGCUGUCCGAGUCAGGCUCCAAGACAGACCCAGAAGACUUCACCUACGACUACGUGGACGCCGAGAGAGUCUCCUGUAUCGUGAGCGCCGCCAAAACCUCUCUCCUCCAAAGCCUUGCAUCCUGGCGAGUCCACCCCCUGUCCUGGGUGCCUAGCGCAUGCUGUGUCUGGCCCGUGUCUUCCAGACUGAUGCAGAGAAAGUUCUCAGAGCCCAACACUUACAUCGACGGGCUGCCCAGCCAGGACCGCCAGGAGGAGCUCUAUGAUGACGUGGAGAUGUCAGAGCUGACGGCCACGGUGGAACCCGCGGAGGAAGCCCCCGCUGCCGCAGAUGCCCCCUCUGAGAGUGAGCUUGACCGAGUGUACCUGGACCUCACGCCAGUCAAGUCCUUCCUGUACAGCUCCGGCGCAGCCCAGGCUCAGGCCUUCUUCCCCCCGUCUCCACCCUUCGAUGAUCCAGCUGAGGCCCUCCCUGCUGAGCCAGGCCUGGCCCCAGAUGAGCCCUGCACCAAGUCUGCAGAGAACCCAGAGCAGCAGAGGCAGCUGGAGAGCCGGGAGCCCGAGGAGCCUUCCCCGAGAAUCCCCACAGUCAAAUUCCAGCCCGAGCAGCAGAGAAUCUCCUUCCCACCAAACUGCCCCGAUACUGUGGCUGUCACCCCAGCUAGCGCCAGCCCACCUGUGAAGGACAGGUUGCGAGUGACCAGUGCAGAAAUCAAACUUGGCAAGAAUCGGACAGAGGCUGAGGUGAAGCGGUACACAGAGGAGAAAGACAGACUCGAGAAGAAGAAGGAAGAGAUCCGGGGGCACCUGGCUCAGCUCCGGAAAGAGAAACGGGAGCUGAAAGAGACCCUGCUAAAGUGUGCGGACAAGGGAGUCCUGGCCAGCUUGGAACAGAAGCUGAAGGAAAUUGACGAGGAGUGUCGGAUAGAGGAGAGCAGGCGUGUCGACCUAGAGCUCAACAUCAUGGAGGUGAAGGACAACCUGAAGAAGGCUGAGGCUGGGCCCGUGACACUGGGCACCACUGUAGACACUACCCACCUGGACAACAUGAGCCCUCGUCCCAAAGCUACCGCCGCCGCCGCCUCCACCUCUCCCCCAGACUGCACCCCAGUCAACUCUGCAACCGCCCUCAAGAACAGGCCUCUUUCUGUCAUGGUCACAGGCAAGGGCACCGUCCUCCAGAAAGCCAAGGAAUGGGAGAAGAAAGGAGCAAGUUAGGAAACGAACAUCAUCUAAAGACUUUUGUGUCAUUGGGACCUUGGCGACAAUCCUGCUUUGGUAAAGUCUUCACUGAAACAGCGACUCUGAGAAAGGGUGAGUCUGUUUGGAAGAAAAAGCCAGGACUCGGGUACUGUGAAUGGAAAGCUUGGUUAAGAGUUGGCUCUGUCCCUUUUUGAUGAAAAGUGAUUCUCCAAGUAUUCAUACUGACCAGCAAAUAACAACAGGGGAGCAAAUCCAAAAUAAGGCUUCUUUGGAGACUGGAGUCUAUUGGCUGUAAACAAGACAUUGUAUUAGGGAUGUUCUGUUUCUGGUUUUUUAUCAAGUGUUUUUAGUGAAAAGUUUCUGGUGAUUAAACUUUGGGGUAGAAGAAAAAUUGAGUUAUCAGGACCCUGUCCCCCUGGCUUUGGUGACUGAGAAGACCUGAGCGCCAUUUCCAAUGCCAACAGAGUUGGGGGUUAAACCGCCCUUGCCUUCAAGUUUGAUCUCCAGUGUGAUUGUGGGCCCAGCUCAGUCUCUAGUGAUUUUAAACAGCAUCAGUACCACUUGCAGUAUGAAUUUUAAGAAACAGUAGCUGAGAGAAAUAUUUGGGAUCCAGCUGAGGCACUGAUCCCACCAAGGGUCUUCGUUCUGGUCCAAGGCAGCCCUGAAUCAACUGCCUUUAAAUAAAAUUGUGAUACUGUAUUGUAUAGAAAUGUUUAAAAUCCCAUCGUUUAGAACAGUGAAAAGUGUUUUUCGAGAUCUGACUUUUUACAUGACUAUAGAAAAAAAUUAUCCUAUGUUUACAGAUUCAGUCCUAUAGUCAGGCCAUUUUGAACAGGAGAAUUAUUUAAUAUGAUGCUCUGUUAGUUCCUGUGUUGAAGUUCUGUUUAAAUUUCUAGUUACCUUGCAAGAAAAAAAAGUGGUGAAUUUCGGUUAGUAUAGUGUGGCUCUUCCUUGUGCUGUGAUCUCAUUGUUAACACAGGUUGAAACAUUUCAUCUAUACCCCGCCUUAGUUCUCUAACCAUGGUUCCUGAGAGCUAAAAGUCUUUUUAAAAAAAUGUAUUGUCUUUCUAAUCCCAGGGCAUUUAUUUCCCAUGUCAUAAACACUUGGUGACCUGAACCAAGUGAGUUAGUUCUUUUUGUUUUUUAAUAAAAUGGUCAUUGUAUUUCA